AUGUCGUCAAUAAAUAUGCUGCCUACUUUAAUAGUACUAAAAAAAAAAAUAUCAGUAUCCUGAUUAUUUAAAAAAUAAGAUACUAUGCUUCCAUUCCUAUAAGAAGCUUAAACUUAUUAUAGCAUAUUAUGAUUAGUGCUGAUGGAAAUCAAAAAAAAACACCCAAACGAAUUUCUAUGACUCAGAGUAGAGCACAUAAAAAAUCAAACAACCCAGACAUCAGCGCAAUCAAAAUUCACGAGACCAAAAUUUUUGAAGAAGAAAAAAUUUCAUUAAGCUUCACACCAAAUUUUUCCUUUAAAAAAAACACUCGAUUCCAAGACGCCGCUUUGCCUUAUGGAUCAAAAAUAAAAAAUCAAUUCCCACUUUUAAAGACUAUAAAAUCAAUCAACAAGAAACAAACUGGUACAACACCUAAGCACAUUCCAGCAGCCGAAAGGCUUUUUGUUGCAGAUAUUGAUUACCCAGACAUUGUUUCAUGUUUAAAAUCAAGAGGCUGAAGAGAAUGCAAUGAUUUAAAUAGAGAUAGAUUUACAUUAAAAUUUGUGAAAAACGCAAAACUCCCUGAUUAUAUUAGGCCAAAUCAAAUUAUUAAUCACAUAGCACACAUAAAUGAAUUAUCGACAAAAGUGAAAAUCUGCAGAAAUUUAAAAAAAUUCCCAAUAUCUUAUGAUUUUUUCCCUGAGUGCUAUAUUGUAGGCCCAAAAGAUUCUCCAGAUGAGUUCAUAGAAGCUUUUAAGAAAAAUGAAGCUGAGUCAGUGUUAAAGCUAUAUAAAGAAAAUGCAAGCCAAGUAGUCAGUGAUGAUUUGAUAAAAGCAUUAAAAUUUUUGCAGAAAAAGCUAUCAAUAGAAGAAAAAAACCAAGAAAAUGCUGAUAAACAGGUAGAAGACUGCUUGAGAAUGCUUGAAACUGAUAAACAAUAUUCAAUUCAUGGUACUAAAAAUAUAUGAAUUGUUAAGCCUGGCUUCAAAUCACGAGGAAGAGAUAUUCUGCUUUAUAGAUCUCUUGACGAUAUUUUAGAAUACACCAAAAACAAUUCUUGGGUUAUACAAAAAUAUAUAGAAAACCCAUUAAUUAUCAAUAAACGCAAAUUUGAUAUACGGCAGUGGGUCUUAAUUACUUGUUUCAACACCUUUGAAAUAUUUUUCUAUAAGAAAUGUUAUUUACGUUUUUCAGUUAAAGAGUAUGAUUUAUCUGAAAUCGAUGAUUUAUAAGGAUCCCCCCCUCAUUUGUCCAAUUUUCUAGUCAAAAUUUUCAUAGGAAAAAAAAUUUCCAGGACCUCAUUUGUCCCAAAAUCUAGUCAAAAAUGAUUUGUCACAUUUUCUAGUCUUUUUUGGAUUAUUUCGAAUGUCCUAAAUUUAAGUUUUUUACCUUAAAAAUACUAGAAAAUGAUACAAUUGAGGUCCUGAAAUUUUUUUUUUUCUAUGAAAAUUUUGACUAGAAAAUUGGAUAAAAAAAACUAGAAAAAUGGACAAAUGACAAAAGACUAGAAAAUUGGACAAAUGAGGGGGGGAUCCUUAUAUACAUUUAACGAACAAUUCAAUCGCAAAAUAUAGUCCAUCAUUUAAAGCAGAAGACAGCAUGUGGCACAUUGAUCAAUUUAUAGAGUGGCUGAUUGAAGAAAAUAAAGAUGAUAUUUGGAAUAAAACCAUUUUGCCUGAUGUUAAAAAUAUCAUUAUAAAUACUGCUAAAUCUGCUAAAGCCAAAAUAUCGGCAAAGAAAAAUACAUUUGAACUGCUAGGGUUUGAUUUUAUGAUAGAUUCAAAUUUUAGGCCUUGGUUGAUUGAAGUUAAUACAAGCCCAGCAAUGGAUUAUAGUACAGUAAUUAAUAUUUAUUAUAAUUUAGCAUGAAUUGGCAUUAAAUUAUUAAUAUUUAGCAAUAAAAAGCAUUUAUUUCUGUUAGGGAUAGAAUAUUACCGAAGAACUCGUAAAAAAGGUGCUUCCUGAUACCAUGAAAGUGAUCCUUGAUCUUCCUUGCGACCCAAAUGCGUCAAUUGGAGAUUUUGAAAAAAUAGCAUCUUUUAUUAUCUAA